GGCAGCAGAAGCAGUUGGGGGAUCCACGGAGCAGCAGCACGCAGCGGAGGAGCGGCGGGUCGCGGUGGUUUCGGAAUAAUGACACAACAGUCCGGAUAAAUGGCCAAGUUUAAGAUGAAAGUCCACCGGCCGUGGCUGCUUUUUGUUUUCUUUCUUCCUUUGUCCGGUGUUUUCUGUUUCAGCGAGUUGUCCUUCAUCACGGAGCCCAGUGAUGUUACUGCACUACCAAAGGACCCCGCUGUGUUGGACUGUCAGGCUCACGGGCAGCCGCCAGUCACCAUCAGGUGGCUAAAGAAUGGAGUUCGGCUGGCAGAGAGUGAGCACAUCCAGUUUCUGCCCAACGGCUCCUUGUACAUACCAAAGAUAAAGCAUACCAAGGGGGAUUCAGAUGAAGGAUUCUACCAGUGCCUCUCGCAGAACAAAUAUGGAGCUAUCCUAAGCCAAAGAUCACAUCUGACUAUCGCAAGUAUCUCAGAUUUUGUGUUGCAUCCUGUGCCUGUGGUGGUGACUGAGGGGUCAGUGGCACGGUUCUCCUGUGCAGUCGUCUCCAGCCCUCCUGCCACCAUCACCUGGGAGCUCAACCAAAGCACAUUACCACUACAGACAGACAGAAUUACAGUUUUGCCCAAUGGAGUUCUUCAGAUUCACAAUGUUCAAUUGGAAGAUGCUGGGCAGUAUCGAUGUGUGGCAACUAACAUCGGUAGCCGUUUGAAGAGCAGAGAAGCCAUGCUGACAGUCAACCAGGGUGCAGGUCCUAAACCACAGCAGAGGCCCAGAAUCAUUGCUGGACCUCAGAAUGUCACAGUUUCUCUUCACCAAACUGUGGUGCUGGAGUGUGUGGCCACAGGCAACCCCUGGCCCAUCAUCUCCUGGAGCCGUGCUGACAGUAAACCCAUCGAUGUGUACAAUGCCAAAGUGCUGGGCAAUGGGAACCUGGUCAUUACUGAUGUCAGCGCCAAGCACAGUGGGGUCUACCUCUGCAGGGCCACCACUCCUGGAACCCGCAACUACACUAUUGCUGCAGCCAACAUCACAGUUCUAGAGCCGCCAUCCAUAGUGGAGAGGCCCGAGAGCCAGACCCGUCCAAGAGCAGGCACUGCUAGGUUUAUGUGCCAAGCAGAGGGCCUGCCCCCGCCACGCAUCAGCUGGCUAAAAAAUGGGGAAGAGGUUCACCUAAAUGGAAGGAUUAAAAUGUAUAACAGUAAAUUGGUGAUUACCCAGAUCAUCCCCGAGGAUGAUGCCAUCUAUCAAUGUGUGGCAGAGAGUGAACAGGGCUCUGUGCUGUCCUUGGCUCGCCUUAUUGUCGUCAUGUCCGAGGACAGGCCCAGUGCACCGAGAAAUAUCCAUGCUGAGACCAUCUCAAGCUCUGCUAUCUUACUGGCCUGGGAGAGACCACUCUACAAUGCAGACAAAGUCAUCGCCUACUCCAUCCAUUACAUGAAGGCUGAAGGGCUAAACAACGAAGAAUACCAAGUCGUUAUUGGCAACGACACGACCAGCUACAUCAUCGAUGAUCUUGAGCCAGCUCGAAACUACAGCUUUUACAUCGUGGCUUAUAUGCCAAUGGGAGCCAGUCGUAUGUCCGACCAAGUCAGUCAACAUACCCUGGAGGAUGUGCCUUUGCGUACCCCAGAGCUAAGUCUGACCAGCCACAGCUCGACAGAUAUCCAGGUGAGCUGGCAGCCGCUGCCAGCCAAGGUGAGCCGUGGCCAGUUGUCCGCAUACAGACUCUCCUAUCGCACAGCUGCAGACAGCACUGUUGCUUCUGUGGAGCUACCUCAGAACAGCACCGAACAUCUGCUGCAGGGCCUGCAGCCUGACACCAUCUAUUUGCUCCGUAUGGCUGCGGCCACCCGCGUGGGCUGGUGUGAGCCCUCAGCCUGGACCUCGCACCGUACACCCAAGACCUCCAGCAACAAAGUGCCUUCAGCUCCUGUUCUUCAACUUGAGCCACUCAACUGCACCUCCAUUGUGGCACGUUGGCAAACCUCCACAGAAUCUGUGGCUGUCCAGGGUUACCAGCUGUGUUACCAUGAAGCAGGUCAACCAGAGCAGCCCAACAUCAUACUGCAGGCUCAAAGAAACACCUACACCAUCAGUGGCCUUGAUCCAAGGAGAAAGUAUCAUGUCAAGAUUCUGGCUCUCAGUCAAGCGGGAGAUGGCUAUCAGACAGACCAAACAGUUAGCACUCCGGGAUGUGUGUCAGCAAGAGACCAACCGGCAGCAGCCCCCCCACCUCCAGACCAUGUGAUGGUCUUGGCCACCAAUUCAUCUGCUGUAUCUCUGCGUUGGGGCCGUCCUGCUUUCCCCUCUGGAAAGGCUGUUAGCUAUACAGUCCGCUGUACACCCGUGGGCACCCACAAUGCCUCUGCCAUACGCUACAUACAAACAACCAAACAGAGCGUCCUGGUUCAGAAAUUGGAUCCAAACACUCGCUAUGAGUUUGUUGUGCGUCUCCAUGUGGAUCAGAUGUCGAGUCCCUGGAGUUCUGUCGUUUACAAUCGAACCCUACCAGCAGCACCUAGCCAUCCACCUGCAGGAGUACGAGUGACUCUGAUCGAGGAUGACACUGCUCUGGUGUCCUGGAGGGAGCCCACAGAGCCCAAUGUGGUGGUUACACACUACACCAUCCUGUAUGCUUCACACAAAGCCUGGAUGGCUGGACACUGGCAAAUAAUGCAGAGGGAGGGAAGCCAUACGAUGGCCCUGCUGGAGAAGCUGGAGGCGGGAAAUGUCUACCUGGUCAAGAUCUCUGCCUCCAAUCAGGUUGGUGACGGGCCUUUCUCUAACAUCGUGGAGCUGCCACUUAAGCGGGGAAACUCCCACCGCAGCAAGAACCCCAGGCACUCUGACAUCUUCCCAGACACAGCAGUGUUCUCUGAUGAUCACUACAACUUAGACCAGAGGUCCAUGACAGGGAUUAUCGUUGGUGUGAGCAUCGCCUUGGCCUGUAUUGUUAUGUGUGCCUUAAUCCUCCUCAGCAAGGGUAGACCAAGAAAGGCCUCCAGUCACAAAGUGAUUGCUGUAGGAGGUGGUGAUGGUCCACAUGCUGGUGUGUCCCUGCCCGGUGAACGCCACACAGAUAAUGUGGAGGCUCUUAUACCCAUGAUGAGUGGUCACAUUUUAGAUGCCACGGGUGGAUCUAAUAUAGUCAUAAAUAGUGGCGGUCCAGUCAGCAACACUAAUCAAAGCAAGAGGUGGCUGCUCUUCAAUAGGGAGAUCGGAAAUCCAGCUGAAAGUGAUGUGGAGAGUAGAGCCAGCUUGUAUGAGGCUGGUAAAACCGUUCUGAGGUAUGACGAGCAUUUAGGCCCCCUGCCGCCUUCCUCCCGGGAGAUCAUCUAUGGACCAUUUCAUUCGGAGAGCUCUCACUCCAGCGAGGGCAGCCAAGAGACGGGAGACUCGGGACACUACUCCAACGAAGAAAGCAACGAAGAGAUGAGCAAUCCUUCGACAAGCCAGAGCUCCAGACCAGAGUCUUUUGGGCCAAAUGAUGGAACUGCUGUCAUUGAGCUGAAGCAGUCUUUUGAAGUGGAAUUUGAGAAGACGCUGAGUCAUCCCCUCCAUCACUCCGCCCUUGAUGCCUCCCAGCUCUGCUGCACCUCGGAGGGCUCUCAUCCCGCCCUGCACAUAUCCCAUGCAGAAGAAUGCUGACCCCACCUGGCCGGUAUUUGCUCUCCAGCAGCUGAAACUACACCAUGUCUACCUCGUUUGACUUCCUGAGUUGAGCCCCUCGGUUAUUUCCUGAGACACAAAGGAUCCACACAAGCCAGCUGCUAUGAUUGGAAGAGACUUUCGCUGCUUUUGCUGCGGAUCUACCUCAGGAUUUUGUAUGAAUGUUUAUUAUAACAUUUUAUUUCCAUUAUUUUUUACAACUUUCUACCUGUUUUCUUGCGUUUGGUGUUGUCUGUCCAAAACCAAAGCUCACCCAUGAUGAAUGUUAAAAAGAAUGUCAGAAAUGUACUGUGAUACAUUUUCCAUUAUAUUUAAUUAUUUUCCACUGGAGUGAAGGGUGUAGUUGGGCCCUCUUGACUGAUUAUCUACCUCAGUUUUCUGUUCUUGUAUGUACAUUUUCUACCUCCUUUUCACCAAAUAUUGUGCAGUAUUAUCUCAGACUCAGGGGAAAAGGGGAAAACAUUUCAUUGCCAUGUCUUGCUACCUCUGUCGGGGCAUUAUUAUCUUGAGGUGCUUUUUUUUUUAAGAUUCUCUCUUUUAUUUUCAUGGUUGAAAGAGCUUUUGUUUCACAUUGUUUGUCUCUGAAUGGUGUAUGCUGUGAAAAUAACAAGUGCAUUAGAUACUGUCAAACUGUUUGAGCUUUAUCAUACUGUAUGGUUUGACAUUUUCAGUGCAGUGAACCCAAAGCUUUAAUAUGGCCUUAAUAUCGAAAGGGCUUUGCAUACUUUAAAUAAUGAGAUCCAAAGACGGGAAAAAUUGUACCCAAAGAGUUUUUGAUAAUACCAUAGAUAUUCUAAGGCAACCAAAAAUAUAGAGGAUGUAUAUUAAGGGUGUGUUUGCCAAAAUACUGUUUGUGCCAAUGAUGUAAAUUUCCCUUAGAGUGGUGGUUUGAAUGCUUUACUCAGUGUAAAUUUUCUUGAUGCUUUAUUCUGGUGAAAGCUUUAGCACAAGUCUCCCCGGCUUGUGUUCAAUUUGCCUUCUAGACCAUUGCUAAACGCAGCGGUGACGCCGGUGCUAUUAUCCAAAGAGUUGUCUGCUUCCUCAGAUGGGUAUGGCUUUUAAUUCAGUUGAUCCUUGGUAUGAUGAGGUGGUAAUGAUUCACAGACCAAAGUUCAAAUGUGUCCACCCAGUGAUAGAUGGUGAUAUUUAUUCUUGGGUUAGAGAAUCUUCUGUCACCGUUCAAUAUUACUGUGUGGGGAAGAAUUCAUCGCCCUAUGAUGUUUCCUGUCCAAGGGCGACAAUGAAGGAUUCUGACUAUCAUAAAGAAAACCCUAUGUGUGAAGAGCAACAUAAUCAUUUUUUAUAACUUUGUGAUACAAAUUAUCCUAACCAAAGAAACUUGAAGUCUCUGUUAUUUAGUGAUUUUCUUUGGUUUUCUUUUACAUUAUUGGAAUUGAAAUGUGAUAGAUUCACAAUGGUUUUAAAUGCUAGAAUGGCUUUUUACGUAGAUCUCUUUUUUUUUUUUAAAGCUUGAGAUGUCAAAAAUUGUUCUGCUGUCUUUUGAUCACCAUGAGAUUUCACCUUAAUUGUUCUUAGCUUACAUUGGAAAUUUUAAUUUUGAUUAUCUUGAUGGUUUAGACAAAGAUAUUUCCCAAUUUCAAAGUGACAUUUUCCUAACUUAAUAAGGCAGGUUUCAAGUUCAAAGUUUGCUGGUGUAGUGGUCUAAUGAAAAAGGUUAAUUUGAAAGCCACAAGUAAGUUUUGCUGACUCAACUCAGGUGCCAAAUGUAGAUUUAGAGUGUAGACUUAACUGUUAUUAUUUAAGAUAGGGUUUUUUGAUAUUUCUACUUUUGAAUACCAAAACACAUCCUUUAAUUCAAAGUGAGCAACAGAACAAAUUAUUGUAGGUGUUGAAAUGUUACAACAGCUUUUUUUGGUACUCUCAAGAUGAUCACAAAUACUAGAUAAUAAAAUUGUUCUUGGAAAAAUA